AUGUAUAGAGGUAGGUGGCUUAGCGGGCAACAUUCGGCCGCUCCCAAGGACCGAGCCGACGAGACAUCCCCCGUUCGGGGCCCCACCGGACCCGGAAUCGACAUCUUAAGCUGGAACUGCGGUGGACUCACAUCCACACGCUUUGCUGAGCUCAAACAGUGGUUGCACACCACCCCUGACGGCCAACGGCCGCAGAUUGUGAUCAUUCAGGAGACGCUCUGGAAAACCUCCAGUGAGUGGACAGAUAGCAAAUACUCGUAUGUGCAUUCGGGUACCAACCGGAACAAAGACGGCGGUUUGUUGCUCAUGGUUGCUCGUGAAUUAUGCUCACCGGACAAACUGCGAUAUGAUGAGCUGAAGCCUGGCAGACUUUUGCACAUCAAGCUCGCUAUGGAUCCGUCGUUUGAACUCAUUGCAAUUUACCAGCACUCAUGGCGAAAUGACUUGAGCACCACCGCUAAAGAUAAACUGUUAACACAAAGAGCAGCUAUAUGGCGACGUUUGCAGCAGUUCGUGCAGAGCACCCCGGCAAGGGCCCAAGUUGUCAUCGCCGGUGAUUUCAAUUGCCCCAUUCGAACCUGCCUCCCAUAUGUCGGGAGUGGUGUUAGGCGUAAUGUCAAACCUCGCUCUCAACCUCUCCCCGACCCCGCACCGGACCUUGAUGACCUGAUCAAUGUACUUCGCAAUGGGGAUCUUCAGGUUCUCAAUAGCUUCGGUAAGGAGGGCAUGGCCGCCAGCACAUACAUCAACGCCUCGCACACGCCCAUGCAAGGCUCACAAAUUGAUUUUGUGGUGAUGCGGAGGGAGCAGGCUGAUGAUCGUAGCAUGCGGGUACAGAUCAUGCGGGAUUUCCCUCUACUGCCGAUUGAAGGUAUGUGGCACUUUCCGCUGAGAGUCACUGUUCCUCGCCCCAUCGCCCCCCGAUCCAAGCCUCAGGACUCACGUCUUACCCCAGACAAGGCUUCAGCCUGCUUGGCUCGGGAACCUGAGAAGGCUCAGCAUUUUCAGCAAAUGGUGAACGAAAUGCUUCAGCAGGCCCCGACGGUGGAUUGCAUCAAUACAGUCUUGCUUCAAGCUUGGGACCAAACCUUUGGCACUGUGGGUGAUCCCCGGGAGGGCUUUGUUAGUGAUGCCAGACUGGCCACCAUGUGGAAACAUCGAGCACUGGCCAUGCAGGCACACAGUCUGCUGUCCAGGUGGCACCAUCUUGCUAGAUAUAGAUCCAUCAGGCGAGUCAUUCAGCGAAGGGUACAGGCGGACAAACGUGCUAAAAUCCAGCAGCAGCUGGUGGAUGCGGAACAAGCUAGCUCAACGGGACAGCCUGGUGCCCUGUAUCAGGUGUUGCGCCGUAUCGCACCCAAAAUCAGACGCCGCAAAUUGCAGCUCCGUGAUGCUCAAGGGCGACUCGUGGGGCCAAGAGAAGAGGCCACUCUAAUUUUAGACCACUACUCCGAAGUGUUUGCUUCAGAGCUUGCAGUGGCAGACACCCAGUUGGAAUGUCCUUUUUACUUUGACUCCGAUGAGCUGUAUCAUGCCCUCUCCGAACUACCCCAACACAAAGCCCUGCCGCAACAUUGUGCUCCCGCCCCCCUCUGGAAACUCUGCGCACAGACCAUCAGCCAAUUCACAGUGCAACAGUUUCAGGGUCAACUUAGCUCGGGGUCGUUUCGGGAUCAAUGGCCCCGGGACUGGGCAUUGUCCUUUUUAUGCCUUCUCCCGAAAACAGAUCAGCGAUUGGAUGCCAUAGCCAAGCUUAGACCCAUUUCAUUGUUGCACCCACUGGGCAAGUCCUUUGCAGGGCUCCUCAUGUACCGAGUCAGGGAGAGCAUCACUCGCAAGCUCGCGUCCAUACCCCAGUUCGCAUACUUGGUUGGGCGGUCCACGGCUGAUGCAGUGGAUAGAGCGGUCUGGUGCACCGCACCCGGCAUCCGGCAGCAAACCAUUCAGGGCAGCCUGACACUCAGCAUUGACCUCCGACGGGCCUUUGACUCCAUUGACCGCGACCUCAUCCGUGACGCCCUUAAAUGGGCUGAGGUCCCCACAGAGGUCCUGGAUGUCGCAUGUAUGGGAGAUGUUUGGGAGGCCGUGGCCAACACCCUCAAGGAGGGCCCUUCCAAGGUGCAUGAAACCACGCCCCAGGCCACACAGCAGCUCCAUCACCUCGGACAGGCGCCCACCGGGACGUCGUCUGCUGGAACACAUGCCACACCAGGUGAUGUGCCUAGUCAGUCCUCAGACUCGCUGCAGUGCCAAAUUUGCGAUUUUCGUGCUGAUAACACCCCGGCACUUCGUUAUCAUAUGACCACAUCGCAUGGGCACUCUGAAAGACGUCUUGCAAUGGAGGAGAAGGCAGCCUUUCGAUUUGAAGACCACGCUCUGGCAGGCAUGCCCACCUGCCGGCACUGUGAAAGAGCAUUUACUGGUGUCCCUCAGUUCAGAAAUCAUAUCAUGGCCCAAGUCUGCCCCGUACUGCAUGGAGCCCUGCCUUCAGGCCGAGACUACGGUGAGCAGCCUCCGCUACCACAGGGAGCUUCCUUGGAAAACCAGCCAUUGCGUGAUCGUGCUAGUACAUAUCAGGCAUUGCAAGAGGGCGGAUGGAAGCAUUUGGCAACGCUGCAGGCAUUUCGCCAGGUCGCAUUAGAGCACUGCCCGCUCUGUCACCUCUGGGUAGCCAACAGGAGCGGACAGGUGAAAAAGCAUAUGCGUCACAAACACAAGGAUCAGGAAACACUCAUUCAGCAAGUGAUCGAAGUUUGCCGCCGCUCUUCCUUUGUGCUGCGGUCGCCGUGCCAGCUGUGUCACGCUGAGUGGAAAGGCCCGGCGAUUCGACACCGGGAGUCCUGCACAGUGUUCUUUGCCGCCAGGCUGCUUGCUGCCAUCCAUGGAUUUCAAUUCAAUGAUGAGGGAGGAGCCGACCCCUCUGAUGCAGUUCGAGUCAAUCUUCCAUCGGCCAAUCCCAUCGCACCUGCCAACGAAGCGCGAGGGGCAUCAGCUG